UGGCUGUUGGCUCCAUCAUCGCACAGUCACGAGUGCGGAUGUCGCUUCUUUUUCAACUUUUGCUCCACCACACUGACAUAGCUAUCGCACGGCUCGACUCGACUCGGCUCGGCUUUGGCUCACAAUCCUCACAAUGAUCGCAGCUCCAAUUCGAAGUGGCAGCAGCGGCACGAUGCUGCGCGCUGUCGCUGCCUCCCGCAACGCCAUCUCAGCCGCACAGCCAGUCUGUGCUGUGCGCACAGCACCGCGAUCGGCAUGGCGAACCUCUUCGCGCUGCAUGGCCACGAUGCCCCUCACCUCUGCUCCUACAUCCGCCUUUGCAAAGGAGCCCGUCAAUGGCAAGUACACUGUCAGCUUCAUUCGAGGUGACGGCAUCGGCAUCGAGAUCUCGGAAGCUGUGGAUGACAUCUACAAGGCUGCUGGUGUGCCCAUCAUCUGGGAAAACGUCAGCGUAGCGCCGUACAUCAACAAGCAAGGAAAGCAGAGCAUCCCAGACGAGGCCAUCGAGAGCAUCAGAAAGAACACUGUCGCUUUGAAAGGCCCCCUGGCCACUCCCAUCGGCAAAGGUCACGUCUCCCUCAACUUGACUCUGCGCCGAACCUUCUCCCUUUUUGCCAAUGUCAGACCUUGCAAGUCUCUGGAAGGCUACAAGACGCCAUACGACAACGUAGACACGGUGCUGAUCAGGGAGAAUACGGAGGGAGAGUACUCGGGCAUCGAGCACGAGGUGGUGGACGGUGUUGUGCAAAGCAUCAAGCUCAUCACUCUCGAGGCUAGCGAGCGCGUAGCCAGGUACGCCUUUCAUCACGCAGAGCAGAACAAGAGGAACCGUGUCACCGCGGUCCACAAGGCCAACAUCAUGAAAAUGUCGGACGGAAUGUUCCUGCACGCUUGCCGUCAAGUGGCCAAGGAGUACCCGAACAUUCAAUAUGACGAGGAUCUCCUGGACAGAGCCUGCUUGCGUAUCGUGCAGGAUCCUGCUCCUUAUGCUGAUCGGGUGAUGGUGAUGCCCAAUCUGUACGGAGACAUCUUGUCCGACAUGUGCGCCGGCCUGAUCGGUGGUCUGGGUCUCACACCUUCUGGAAACAUUGGAAAGGACGCUUCCAUCUUUGAAGCUGUGCAUGGCUCGGGUCCUGAUAUCGCUGGUCAGAACAAGGCCAACCCAACCGCGUUGCUCCUCUCUUCGAUCAUGAUGCUCCGUCAUAUGCGUCUCUUUGACCACGCAGACAAGAUCGAGAGCGCCAUCUUUAGAGCCAUCGCAGAGGGCGACCGAACGGGAGACCUGGGUGGCAAGUUGGGCACUCGCGAAUUCACAAAGGCUGUCAUCAAGCGCCUGUGAGAGUGGUGCUAUCAGUGCGCCGCUCUCCAUCUUCGGCGCAUGUAUUGCUCAGGGAUAGCAUACAUGCCGCGCAAAUACAAUAGAUGCACGCUUUCUCAUGUAGGAGCAGAAACAGUAUGAGCGGUCGUUCCGCAGCUCAAAGUUCAGGC